AUGCUGGCCAGCUCCGUUCUGAGAAACGCCACUCGCCCAACCUUGAGACUCCUCCCUAAGCUCCAACGACGACCAUUACCAGCAGCCUACAACACCUCAACGAAACUCUUCGACCCUUCCAUCUCAGCUCUCGGCUACCAAGGCGAUGAGUUGACGGAGCAAGAAGUCGGUGUUGGGGUUCAGGGCAAUGCACCCGUCAAACCUCCAGGAGCCGACUUUGGAAGGGCUGCUAUGCCGCUGAGCUCGAACGUGUACCCUCUGCUCACGCCGACGCUGAACAAGUUCACUCUGCGGGAUAAGGUUGCUGUUGUCACUGGGGCGGGCCGCGGCCUCGGACUGAACAUGGCACAAGCACUGGCAGAAUCCGGCGUACGCGGCCUCGCAAUUUUAGACGUCCAGCAAGACAUCGGCGACCAGUCAGCACGAGAACUCAGCCGGCAAACCGGCAUCGAUGCCUGCUUCUACCGUGUCGACGUCCGGGAUGAAGAUGAAAUACACGAGACCGUCCAAAGCAUCGCCGACCGCUUCGGCCGCAUCGACAUCCUCAUCAACGCCGCCGGGAUCGCUGACUCCAACAUCAAAGCCGAAACCUACCCCCUCCCCGCCUUCCGCCGCCUCCUCGACAUCAACAUCACCGGCACCUUCAUCACCGCCCAAGCCUGCGCCGCCCACAUGAUCUCCUCCCGCCGAGGCGGCAGCAUCAUCAACAUCGCCUCCAUGUCCGGCUCCAUCGUCAACUUCCCACAGUCCCAAUGCAGCUACAACGCCUCCAAAGCCGGGGUCAUUCAGCUCACAAAAUCUCUGGCCGCAGAAUGGGCGGAGCACGGGAUCCGAGUGAACAGUAUCAGUCCGGGGUACAUGGAUACGGCGCUCAACCGGGUGCCGGCGCUGGAGGCACAGAAGAAGAUUUGGGUGGAAUUGACGCCGCAGAAGCGGUUGGGGGGUGUGGAUGAUUUGAACUGCUUGGCGGUGUUCUUGGCGGGGGAGGGGAGUGGAUUUAUGACGGGGGCGGAUUGUCGGAUUGAUGGGGGGUAUACUGUUUGGUGA